AUGAGCCACCCGCCAGGCCCCAAUCAGCCACGCAGGUCGGCCCCGCUCAUCGCCCGCCCCUCGUCUCGUGCACCUCCCGCUCCUCAUCCUCCUCCUCGCGGCGCACCACGGCCCUCGGCGCUCGGCGCAGCGAUCCACGGCGCACUCGGCGGCGCGCACUACCACCCUGCUGCGCCGCAGUACCCCUACCCGGCCGCACCACCGCCGACCGGCUGGAACGCGACCGCCCACCACCCGCACCAGCUCGGACAGCCGCACCUCGGACAGCCUCCAGCCUUCCCGCCUCAGCCGCACUACGCCCAGCAGCACGGUCAAGGACUGCCGUACGGCUAUGGCCCACCGUCGGGUCCACCGCCGCAACACGCCUACGCCGCCCAACCUCCUCCUCCCGCCCCGUUCGCCCAGCCCUACCCGUUGGCGUACCACGACCACCAGCCGUUCCUCCCUCCUCCUCCUGCGCCGGCCCACUACGCCGCCGCUUCGCAGGCGCAGACGACUCCCGACGGCUACACGCUGUCGUCCACCUACUCGGGCCCGGCGCACCCCGCACCCUCCUCCUCCUCCUCUCGUGCCGCCCGUCCCGCCGCCCAACCUCGUCAGCAGCAGCCCCAGCGCGCGCCCAAGCAGCCCCGCGAGCCCCAGCAGCCGCAAGUCGUCGCGUGUUCGCAGGCCGGGUGCACGUUCUCCGGCCCGCGCAAGGUCGUGCGCGAGCAUGAGGAGGACCGCCACCUGAUCUACCUCCCGGGCAAGGAGCCCAAGGGGUGGGACGGGAGCCUCAAGCCCAAGGAAGGAGCCGUCAUCGAGGGUACCGGCAUCGCGCUCGACACGCCCGAGGCCGUCGCGCGCUGGAUCGAGGAGCGCAAGAAGCGCUGGCCGUCCAAGAAGGUCGUUGACGAGAAGGAGCGCGCCCGAGCGCAACGCGUCGCAGCAGGCCUCGAAGCCCCGCCGCGCGAGCGCAACGGCGCGCGCGGCCGGGGCAGGGGCCGCGGCGGGCCGACCGACUCGCGCGGACGCGGGAGGGGCCGUGGCGGGUUCGGCGGCGGUGAGGGCGGCAGGGACGGCGGGUGGGGCGCGGGCGAGGCGGGUGAGGGUGGGCCGGCCCCGGCGGGCGAGGAGCAAGGGCGGGACGAGCCGCCGGUCAAGAGGGCGAGGGUCGACGGGCCGGCGGCGGCUACGGUGGGUGACGAGCAGCCCGAUUCGUCCUCAGACGAGGACGGCGGACAAGAGGCGAGCGAGGGCUCGGCGGACGAGGACGAGGAGGACGAUGGGCCGCCCGAGCAGGCGAGCGCCAAGGAGGCGCUCGGCGACGUCGCCGUCGGUGAGGAGACGAUGGACGUCGAGGAUGGCAGCGCAGGGGCGCCCGUCGACGGCGAGGCUUCCGGUGCGGCGCCGCAAAAGCGUUUCCAGGUCGUGUGCCACCACUGGCGGCGGGGCAACUGCGGCCUUGGCGACGACUGCCCGUACCUGCACGAGAUCCCUCCCGCGAGCGCUCGCCCCCCUCCCCCUCCCAAGCGCCGCCGUCCCGCCCCUCCCCGCGCGCCGCACAACCCCUUUGCGCGCCCGCCAGGGUACGCCGACGCCUUUUCGCUCCUCGAGGAGCGCGACUACAAGCACGUCGUGAGCGACGUGCUCCAGGUGAUCGAGUUCUUGGGCGCCAACGAGUGGCUGCGCGGGGUCGAGAUGAGGAGGGGCCAGGUGGACGAGGAGAGUGGGAUCGAGGUGUUGCGCGAGGGGGAGGUGGGAGAAGGGGCGGCGGUCGGCGGUGCGGGACGGGCGGCGGGCAUCGAGGAGCUCGGGAGCGCCGUCGAGGACGCUGCACCGGGCUCGCCUUCCUCCUCCUCGUCGGCAUCCUCAUCCAGCAGCUCGACCUCGUCCACCCCGUCGUCUCCCGCCGCUGCACCCGCACCUGCACUCGCGCCCGUACCCGCUUCCCCCCCUCUCGCCGUCGCCGCACGCGCACCCGCCGUCGCCGCCGUACCAGCGCCGGCCGCCGCGUCCAUGAGCGGCCUCGGCGCCAUGUUUGCCGACUACGGCAGCGACACGGACGACGAGGCCGAGGACGAGAGUGUCGCGGCGGCGUUGACGGGGCGGACGCUGUAGCGAGAGGAGCUCGCGGCAAGCCGUCAUUGCCGAUCUUCAGCUCUCUGGCUUU